CUUCUCGUUGCCCCAUUCAUGGCAGAUUUACCACCCAAGGUCACCAUUCUCAAGGGCCACUCUCCUGAUCUCUCUGCCGCGACGUAUCAGAUUCACGAUGAAUCGCACACAAUAGGGAACGCUCUUCGCUGGAUGCUCAUGAAGAAUCCCAAGGUUGAGUUCUGUGGUUACAGCGCGCCGCAUCCAUCGGAAAAUGUUAUCAACGUGCGCAUACAGAUGUACGACAGCCUGUCAUCUCUGGAGGCUCUUGUGGAGGCACUCGGAAAUCUCGAUGACCUUUGUUCCACUAUCGAAGACGCGUAUGUUACUGAUCUGAACAAGGGAAAGUUCGAGCGAUGGGAUGAGCGUAGUUGAGAGCCCUGCGUAGAGAAGGCUAAAAAGUAUUAUAAUGUACAGAAAACAUAAUUUUCUGCGUGAAGCCGAAAAAGAGUAUAUAUGUAAUAUGCAGCCUUGCUGCCAGGCAAGAGGGAUAUCCCUUGCCUGCGAUGUACGAGGUGUAUAGGAUAGUCUAGUCCAUCUCGUCUAAUCGAGACCUGUCAUUAGCCCGCAUGACCGCGGCCGGAUCCUUCGCAGGUAAAUGAGUUGUGGCAUCGUUCUGUGAGAAGAAAUCUUCUAGCGUGAGUGGUCUAAGAUGGAACCCCUGUACAACAUGAGCACAGUUUGAGAGGAAAGAAGACCUGGCUCACCUCGAGCUGACCCAGCUCCAAC